AUGAACGGCCACACAACCAACAACACCUCAAAACCGAUCCCAGCAGUCGCACGCCUCCGCCAAAUGCUCUCCGAUCCCUCAAAAACAGUAAUCGCACCAGGCGUCUACGAUGGCAUAACAGCGCGCCUCGCCCUCUCCGCAGGCUUCGACUGCCUCUACAUGACCGGCGCAGGAACCAGCAUGUCACGUUUGGGAAUGGCUGACCUAGGCCUGGCAACUUUCAACGACAUGCACCAAAACGCAGCCACGAUCGCCAGCAUAGACCCAAGCGUUCCCGUAAUCGCAGACGCAGACACAGGCUACGGAGGACCGAUCAACAUCCGCAAAACCGUGCACUCUUAUGCGCGCUCGGGUGUAGCGGGACUACAUAUCGAGGAUCAAGUCCAAGAGAAGAGAUGUGGACAUUUGAGUGGGAAACUUCUUGUUUCGAGAGAUGUAUAUUAUAAUCGAUUGAGAGCGGCUUGUAAAGCUCGCGAUGACAGUCGAGAUGAUAUUCUUAUCAUUGCUCGUACGGAUGCCAGAGCAGGUUCGGAUACGGAAAGGAAUGGUGGUUUUGAGGAAGCGAUUGAACGUCUCACCAAAGCCGCUGAGAUCGGCGUUGAUGUGCUUUUCUUCGAAGCGAUCCUAGAUCUUGAGGAGGCGAAGCAGGUUAUCGCCAGGCUUCCACCCAAUGUUCCUGUGUUGUUGAAUAUGGUGCAGGGUGGUCAGACGCCGCAGAUGACUAAUGAUGAAGCGAACAAGAUGGGCUUUAGGAUUGUCAUUUGGCCGUGUCUUGGUAUGGAGGCUGUUGUGCCGGCAUACACGAAGAGUUUAGAGGCCUUGAAGAAGACAGGCCAGCCGCCUUUGGAUCAGAAGAUGGGUCCGGCCGCGUUAUUUGAGACGUGCGGGUUGAAGGAGUUGAUGGCGUUUGAUGAGAGCGUGGGUGGAAAGGCUUAUAAGUAG